AUGCGGCGCAGAGUUCUGAAGAACAACCGCCCCUACUAUCGAUGCUUCGACGCAUGGGUGGACUUCACGAGGUUCACAUUGGCUGAGAGCGACAGCGAGUGCAGCAUCGCAAACACUGAUAGUCCUGAUGUUCCCGUCACUGGUGCCGCCGCUGGAGCUGCUGACCUCUACCCGCACUGCUUCGACGCGCGCUCGCUGGAGCUGAGACGCCUCCCAAAAGGCGAUGCUGUGGUCAGCGACGCGUUGAGCGGCGAGUCUGAACCAUAUGUGAUGCCCGCUCUAGCCAGGUCUCCCGCCUCUGCUUCACCUCCCCCGCUGUCCCCUUUUUUUUCCGCCCGUCCCAUUUUUCCCUGUAUUUCUCCCGAACAACGAAAGCACGUCACCCUUGGCGCACACUCCUCGGGCUCUAGCCGCAGCGAGUAG